UCCAGUGGUUCAGGCCUACUUACUAUAAACCGUGUCUCGAUAUUCGUGGUGGGACGGCAUUGUUUUUUCGUUUUGUAGCUUUUCGCUUAGUUACGGGCAAAGAUGUGAACCAGCUUCUUAUGCGGAGGAGUCUGAACAGUUGAAAACUACUGGUGAGGGACAGUACUGAAUCAUAGGAGUGACGUUUAGUUGUGAAAAAAAAAAGGAUAUAUUUUUAAUGCAAGGAAACAGUAAUAUAGUAUUAGUAUUACAACAUGUUGUUGUAGCACUAUAAUUUAUAAAUUAAAUAUUUGAUUGAAAACUAAUUAAAAUAUAUAACCUUGGAGUUCCGUUGUCCAUUCAUCUCGAUAAUUUCAGCUUGAUAAUACUAAUAGUAAUACUUUUUUGAAAAUAUGCGCGAUUUCUCACUGACCAAUUCAACUGACACAUCAAUAAUUUAGAAAAACGUCUAACCAAUAUCAAGUGAGUGUACUAAUACCGAUGUACUUAAGUUAUUGUAAAAGAAAAAAUAAUUGUAGGAUUUAACACUGUUUAGUGUUACUGUUAGGUUGCAAUUUGUACGAAAGCGUGGUGAAGUGAUAGGAACUUGGAAAGUAUCAUCCAUCUUUAAACUUUUUACUGUUAUUAUUACAAAACUCAAAAGAAACGCUUUGAAUUAUGUCAGAUGCUGAAGAAAAGAACGUUGAUAAAGACACAACAGGAAAGGAAAUACUCGCAACCCAUGUGAUGGGAACUGUAAAGUGGUUUAAUGUGAAGAAUGGAUAUGGGUUUAUUAACAGACUUGACACCAAAGAAGACAUCUUUAUUCAUCAGACUGCUAUAGUAAAGAACAACCCUAAGAAGAUUGUGCGUAGUGUGGGAGAAGGUGAAACUGUUGAAUUUGAUGUUGUUAUGGGCAAAAAGGGAAAUGAAGCAGCCAAUGUUACAGGACCAGAUGGAACCCCUGUGCGAGGGAGUCGGUAUGCUGCUGAUAAACGGCCUUUUCGUAGGCGUUUCUUUCCCAGAUGUUCCACUCAGCAUAGAACUCCACGACGGGAUCAAGUAAAUGACUGGGAAGAGAACCAUGAACGAUACGUUGAAGAUAUACUAGACCAAGAACAACUAGAGCCACCAAGGAGUAGAAGACCAUAUUUUCAAGGAUAUAACCACCACUCUCAAAAACCACCACAGAGAAGAGAAAAAAUUCAAGAAGAAAAGCCAGCUUUUAGAAAUAGAGACACUUUGCAACAGCAGGACCAAGAACAACACUGCCUGCCUCGAAGAUAUCGUGGGCGAUAUUUUCGUCGUACAUUUCAAAGACCUCAGAGUGACACAGAAGGAAGCCACAGUGGUGGUGAGGGUGAAGUAAAACCAGUGAUUGGCACUACAGGAAUUAUAAAAAAAGACAGGCAAGUUUCUAGUGAUCUAUCACAUGACAUGCCUCAAGUGAGAUCUCGAUCCAGGCGUGGAAGACCUUGGAGAGGACCUUCUCGGCCAUGGAAUAAGACAGAAGAGAGUGAACCUGUCUCUACUACCAACAGUACUGGUCUACCUGAAAAAGAUGAUGGAGAAGUUGACAAAUUAAAGGAUGAAGGAAGGAAAACUCUGGAUACUGCAAGUGACCAAUACGUUAUGUUAGAGGAGGCUGUCUCAUUAAAACCACAUGAAAGUGGAGAGCCAGUGACAACUCACACUUGUGUUUCAAUAGAAAACAAUUCUGGUAUCAGUCAAGUGAUUGCUCCUGAGGAGAAGGGGACUGGAUCUGUUGAGGCUAUCCCUCCAGGAGAAGUUGUUUCAGCUUAGAUUUCUGACAUAACACCUUAAAAUCUUUUUUCUUUAGCAAUUAAAGUAGGUGAAAUGGUAUUUACAUCAAAUUCUUGAUAAAACUUAGCACCAAUGAGAGUUGUUGUUUUGUUUUUUUUUGCAUCAAUACUUAUACUGUUUGGCUAAAAUGUACAUUUUUCAAAAGCAGUAACAUCAUGUUUGAUAAAGAAACUCAUUUGAAAUGAGAGAGCUUUCUUACAAGUGAAAUCAGAAAUGAGUUUUUAGUCUGGAAGAGCUAAUAAUUUCAAGCAAAUGGCAUAAAUGAGUUACUGUUAUAUAAGAGUACAUGCUGGAUUGUAUUGCAUAUUGUUAGUGGAAACAGUUUUUUGUUCUUAAAAACUAAAAGAUCAAAGAAAAUUUAAAGCUUCCAGUUUUGUUUUGUGAUCAUACUUAUCAAGCAUAUCAUUAUUAAGUCAUAGGUAAAUUAUUUUGAAACUUUUUUUUUCACAUUUAAAAAAGAAUAUCAAAAUAUUUUCCCAAAAUAAGUUAAUUCUGGAAGGCAGCUUGACAUUCGUCAUAGGAAUCACUUGUGAAACAUUUGUAAUUGCAAUAAAAGAUUAUUAGUUACAUGUUUUAUAUUUAUUUUGCCUAAUUUUGAGACAUUAUUGAAUUUAAGUAAUAAAGCAUUAAUGGAAAUUGUUUCUAAAGGAUUUGAAAAUUGUUCUACUACUUAACUCCAUUAAAUUUGACCACUUUUCCUAUAUUUAUUAUGCCAAUAGUUGUUAAUAUAUUUUGGUAAAACUUACCUCAUAGUUUGCUCUCCAACAGAAUAUGUACUUUUUAUUUCAAGAUACUUGGUAUUAAAGUUAUCGAUUAAAAUAACCUUUCAUUACCUGUGUAAAAACCAGAACUAAUAUUGAGUACUCCAAGAAAACUACCAUAUUUGAUGAUAAUUUGAUAUUUUGUAGUUAUUUUUUAUGUACCACUAUCAGAAAAUGUCUACAAUCUUUGAAACCAUACAUUUGUACUGCUAACUAUGAUGCUAAAUAAACUGAACAAGUAACUUGAUGUAGCGUAUAUUAAAUUUUCUGUUCUAUUUCUUUUUGUGCAAAUAAGAGGUAUGAGCAACCUGAUCUGCUAAACUUUGAACUAGUAUCAAUUCUUAUCUAGUGAUGAUAUUUUAUAUUGAUAUUUGUUUCUUUUAUUCAUAGUUUUUUUUACCUCUUGCACUUGAAAAAAUAUAUUCCCUUAAGUAGCUUCAGCUGAACCUUGUUUUUUUUUGGAGAUGAUAAAUGUCAUGAUUUUUGGCAUAGAUAAAAUGUAUCUUUCAAAAGUAUCUUUCUUGUAUCUAAAAUUAUGUUUGUUUGCUGUGUCGUAUAGCAAAUCUUGUAGUUUUUAUAAUCUUU